CAUUGCACCGCGCCCCUCACGGGGUCGCGUCGCCACCCCACGCGGACUCCCUGGCUGGCGUGCUUCAUCCCUUCGCCUCUCUUGGCCGGGCCCCCACCUCGCCCCCAGCUGCCCAGCCAUGGGGGCCGCAGUGUUUUUCGGAUGCACUUUCGUCGCUUUCGGCCCGGCCUUUGCGCUUUUCUUGAUCACUGUGGCAGGAGACCCGCUUCGCGUCAUCAUCUUGGUCGCCGGGGCAUUUUUCUGGCUGGUCUCCCUGCUCUUGGCCUCUGUGGUCUGGUUCAUCUUGGUCCAUGUGACCGACCGGUCAGAUGCCCGACUCCAGUAUGGCCUCCUGAUUUUUGGUGCUGCAGUCUCUGUCCUUCUACAGGAGGUGUUCCGCUUUGCCUACUACAAGCUGCUUAAGAAGGCAGAUGAGGGGUUAGCAUCGCUGAGUGAGGACGGAAGAUCACCCAUCUCCAUCCGCCAGAUGGCCUAUGUUUCUGGUCUUUCCUUCGGUAUCAUCAGUGGUGUCUUCUCUGUUAUCAAUAUUUUGGCCGAUGCACUUGGGCCAGGUGUGGUUGGGAUCCAUGGAGACUCACCCUAUUACUUCUUGACUUCAGCCUUUCUGACAGCAGCCAUUAUCCUGCUCCAUACCUUUUGGGGAGUUGUGUUCUUUGAUGCCUGUGAGAGGAGACGGUACUGGGCUUUGGGCCUGGUGGUUGGGAGUCACCUACUGACAUCAGGACUGACAUUCCUGAACCCCUGGUACGAGGCCAGCCUGCUGCCCAUCUAUGCAGUCACUGUUUCCAUGGGGCUCUGGGCCUUCAUCACAGCUGGAGGGUCCUUCCGAAGUAUCCAGCGCAGUCUCUCGUUAAAUCCCUCAGACUUCUAAGAUAUCCUUGAUCUCAUCGUUGGGCUCUUCUGCUGGCCCAUCCCUUCGUUCAGACAAUUCUGAAAAGCAGCGCAAGGGAGGGCUGGAGGCAGCCUCUCACUCACCAGCUCAGUGGGACACUUCAACAACUCGAAUUCCCUGGUUCUGGGCAGACUGAGAGCCUUGCCCUUCCGCUCCCACCAAAUCCUCAACACAGUAGCUUUACGUCUCUUCCUCUUCUUUCCCAAUUUGUUCCUUUCUCCUCAGGUGCAAUUUACAACUCUCCUCAGCUGGGUGCCCCUCUCCAUCAUCUUCUUUGUGUUCCCCUUCUGCCCUCUAGAUACCCCCCUCAUCCUGUUCUUCCAACAAAUUUUAAUUACACACCUGCUAUGUGCCAGGCACCGGGAUCACAAAAAGGAGGGGUAGGGGUUCUGGGGACAUUCCUGGAGCACCUCGGCCUGUUCCCCCCAAGAGUCCUUCCUCCUCCCCUGGGAGUUCCUGAAAGUCCUGUGUAAAUUGUAAAGGGCCCAACAGUGUUGACUGUUAUUGCUACAGCUUUUAGGAAAAACCGGUAAAUUAGUCACCCCAUAGAACUGAGAGGGGACUCUGGCCAUGAGGUUCAUAGUCAGGGAUCAGGGUGUGAGUUUGGCAGGGGGUGUGGGGGUAUUCCCCCCCACCCCAUCAGUCCUCUGUCCUUGCACUCCAGGCCUCUUUGGCUCCCUAAUUGGAUGAGUUUGUGAAUAAAGAAGACCAGGAGGGUUGCCUGGGACCAAGGCAGUGGGGGAAAGAGCUCUGGAGAUCAUUUGUAGCCUGCAAAGUGACUCCCGCAGUGUGUGUACACAUCCUGACCCAGUCUAGUUCGCCCCCAUCCCCCCAACAGCAAGGCUGGAAUGGCAAAGGGAAAAGAAGGAAAGUGGUCUCCUCCCCAGUCCUGUCUUUUUCCCUGCAUCCCUGAGCCUAUUAUUCUAGCCCUAGGCUUCCUCUUACACUCCUCCUCCUCCAUUAAGCAUGCAUGGCAACAUAUGUACAUCAGCACACACAGACACACACACAGGCAUCCAGAUGU